CUGUUUCGGAUGAAUGACUCCAUGUUAAAACUGAAUGAUCUCACCGCAAAGAUCCCCAAAACGUGGGUUAUCGUUAAAGAGCAGACCAACAUAUAUUCGCAAGGCAUGUCCACUCGAGACAGUUUCGGUGAAUCAGAAGGGGCCUACAUUUAGUGUAGUCUAAAUAUAGACCAACGGUUCUCAGACUUCAGUUAAAAUAAAUUUCGUUUGGAGUCGGGGGAAGACUGAUAAAAGAACAUUGCAAGAAUCUCCUAUGGCAUCAAGAAGGAAAGGAUCCAACAGCUCCCGAAAUUCUGAAGCGACCGUCCAAAAUGGAACAAGAAAUGGAUAUGGUCAUAGUUAUCUCCAAAGAACAACGGGACCAAACGGUACAACGGUGAAUGGACCUGGUCCAGCCAACCAAAGCCAAAGAGAAUUAUAUGACGGGUCUACCAAUGUGUACUAUGGAUACGGAGGUCCGUUUCGUCCUGAUAAUGACACUGACAGAAGUUCGGAGAUUUCGGUGAGAUCUGACGAUUUCCUGGGUAAUUACAAGCAUCAGCAAUGGAUGGACAAGAUCACCGGUGACACUUUCAAAAGAAAUUAUUUAGAUAGGAUCUCAUUUAGGCCCACACUUGCGCACGACCCCAGCAUACCAUUGCAGGAUACACGUGACUUUAGGCACGAUGACAACCAUAACAUUAGCCAACAUGCGCAAGAUCCUUCAGGUUACAAGAAAGAAAAAAACAGGAAUACUUUAAAGAAAGUACUAAUCGCUAUUUUAGUUUUACUUUUACUUGGAGGAAUAUCAGGAGUCCUAGCUUGGUAUUUUACGAUAAAAGGAGAUGAGGAUACAUCUAUCAAUUACUAUGUUGUAACAAGUGAAAUGGCACUUAGCAACGAUUACAAUCCCGAACUGUCAGAUUCAUCGUCACAGGAAUUCAAGAAUUUGAGCACGCAGUUUUGUGAUGCAAUAACAGAGGCACUUCGAAAGAAUAACACCGAAUAUGGAGAUCGAUACAAACACUGUGAAGUCACAGCAUUCAAAAAUGGAAGCAUAAUAGUUUUUUACAAGCUGUUUUACGUAUUUCUUGAAGUGCAAAUUACAAAAGAGAAGGUCCAAAAGGAUCUUAAUAAAUCUUUGACAAACGUAGAUCCCGAGCGUGCCAAAUUAUCGGACUUUGUCAUAAUCAGAGCAAGUGUAAAAUUCACAGUAGAAGUUCAGACAUUCCAAACAGAUCCAAUAGUACCGAGUGCACAGUUAAUCACUUCAACAACAGAAAUAUUGCCAACAACAGAAGAAACAACAACGUCAGAAGCAGUAACAACAACAGCAGCUAAAUCAACAGAAGCAAUGAUAACAACAGAAGUAAAAACAACAGGGGAAUCAACAACAGCAACAACGGAAACAACAUCAUCAACAACAAAAGAAGCAACAUCAACAAUGGCAGUAGCUACAACUACAGUGGAAGCAACAACAACACCACCACCAUCACCAACAACAUCGGAAGCGACAUCGACAACAGCAGAAGCAACAACAACAACAGCAGAAUCAACAACUACAACAGCUCCACCACCACUAUCAACAACAACAACAGCAGAAUCAACAACUCUGACAACAACAACACCACUUACACCAACAACAACAACAACAGCGGAAGGGACAUCGACAACAGCAGGAGCAACAACAACAAUAGAAUCAACAACUACGACAGCUCCACCACCACUAACAACAACAACAACAUCAAUAACAGCAGAAUCAACAACUCCGACAACAACAACACCACUAACAACAACAACAACAACAACAGCGGAAGCAACAACAACAGAAGCACCAUCAACAACAACAUUGGCAGCAACAUCAAUAUUAGAAUCGAUAUCAACAACAGCAGAUGCAACAACAACAAUAGAAUCAACAACUACGACAGCUCCACCACCACUAACAACAACAACAACAUCAAUAACAGCAGAAUCAACAACUCCGACAACAACACCAGCACUAACAACAACAACAACAACAGCGAAAGCAACAACAACAGAAGCAUCAUCAACAACAACAUUGGCAGCAACAUCAACAUUAGAAGCAAUAUCAACAAUAGCAGAUGCAACAACAACAACAGCAAGAGAAUCAACAACUCUGACAACAACACCACCACUUACAACAAUAACAUCGGAAACAACAACAACAGAAGCAACAACAACAUUGUCAGCAACUUCAACAUUAGAAACGAUAUCAACAACAUCAUAUGCAACAUCAACAACAGCUGAAUCUACAACUCCUCCAACAACAACAUCAACAACAGAAGCACCAUCAACAUUGUUUACAACAGAAAGGUCAACAAGGAUAACAUCAGUAGCCUCAUCAGAAAGUUUGAAAACAUCAACAACAAUUGGCACAUCAGAAAGUUCCCCAAAACAAACAACAGUGGACACAACAGAAAGUUCAACUUCAACAACCAUGGGAUUGUCAAUAUUGACAACUAAAGGCACAACAGAAAUGUCCACAUCAUUAACAACACAGAGUUCUACAAUUUCAACAAUUGGUACAACAGAAGUUUCAGGAUCAACAACAAUGGUUACAACAACAACAUCUGAACAAUAUACAGCAGAAAUUGUUGUUUCACCUAUGAUUGCCAUCUAUGGAGAAACCACUACGACAAAGACCUGUGUUGUCUCUCCUCGUGGAAAUUGGGUUCAUAUAACUGUGACUGUAGAGAAUCAGGGCAUAUCAUACCCCAUUAGAAAAUACCACAGUAACAAGACUUUUGAAGAACCAGCUUCUUUAGAGAGAUUUAAUGCCAGUAUAUCCAGUUCAGACACUGAAAUCGUAGUUUAUCUGUCAUUGGAUCUACAGGCACCAACUACUGACAUGUGCUCUUGGGAUGGAAAAUACACUUUUUCGUGUUCUAUAACAAUGAAUGACACGAUUCCAACACGUGUGUACAAUGGCAGCCAGAUUUUCCUAACUGCUCCUAUAUCUGAUGUCACGAUUGAUUCCAACGUACACUACAAUGAGGGUGAUAAAAUGACGUUCAACUGCUCAAGCAAAGGGGAUCCAAAUCACAGUAUGGUGUACACAGAGUUGGUCAAAGGCUCCACAGUUCUUCAAACAAUACCAGGACCAGAAUUUUCAUCGGGCUAUAAUCAUACUUCGGACAACAACUGCCUUGCUGACCUUCAGUGGUCAGGUGAUUCCCCAAAUCCGCUAACAACAUAUCAGAAUGACGUCAUUGUCCGAUGCACAGUGAAAAAUACUUUGCUGAAUGAGAGUAGAACUUCCGAAAAACGGCUGAACGUUUCCGUUGUUGAAUAUGAAAGUUCUACAAUGUCAACAACAAUUGGUACAACAGAAAGUUCUACAAUGUCAACAACAAUGGUUACAACAACGGCAUCUGAACAAUAUACAGCAGAUGUUGUUGUUUCACCUAUCAUUGUCAUCUAUGGAGAAACCACUACGACAAAGACCUGUGUUAUCUCUCCUCGAGGAAAUUGGGUUUAUGUAACUGUGACUGUAGAGAACCAGGGUACAUCAUACGUCAUUAGAAAAUACCACAGUAACAGGACUUUUGAAGAACCAACUUCCUUGGAGAGAAUUAAUGCCAGCAUAUCCAGUACAGACACUGAAAUCGUAGUUUAUCUGUCAUUGGAUCUACAGGCACCAACUACUGACAUGUGCUCUUGGGAUGGAAUAUUCACUUUUUCGUGCUCCAUAACAAUGGAUGACACAAUUUCAACACGUUUGUACAAUGGCAGCCAGAUUUUCAUAACUGCUCCUAUAUCUGAUGUCACGAUUGAUUCCAACGUACACUACAUUGAGGGUGAUAAAAUGACAUUCAACUGCUCAAGCAAAGGGGACCCAAAUCACAGUAUGGUGUACACAGAGUUGGUCAAAGCCUCCACAGUUCUUGAAACAAUACCAGGACCAGAAUUUUCAUCGGGCUAUAAUUAUACCUCUGACAACAACUGCCUUGCUGACCUUCAGUGGUCAGGUGAUUCCCCAAAUCCGCUAACAACAGAUCAGAAUGACGUCAUUGUCCGAUGCACAGUGAAAAAUACUUUGCUGAAUGAGAGUAGAACCUCCGAAAAACGGCUGAACGUUUCCGUUGUUGAAUAUGAAAGUUCCACAAUUUCAAUGAGUACAACAGAAAGUUCGACAACAUCAACAACUAUGGACACAACAGAAAGUUCUACAACAUCAACAACUAUGGACACAACAGAAAGUUCUACAACAACUACAUCAGUGCUAAAAUAUUCAGCAGACGUUGCGGUUUUUCCUGUUAUUGCCAUUUUUGGAGAAACAGCAACAACCGAGGUCUGUGCUAUUACUCCUCAUGGAGACUGGCUCUUCGCGACUUUGACUGUGGAGUAUCAGAAUACGCAAUACGUCAUCGGAAAAAUUCAUAGCAAUAGCAGUUUGGAAGAGCCACAUUCUUUAGAGAGAUUUAAUAUUAGUAUCUCUAAUAAAAACAUGGAUAUUGUUGUUCAUUUGACAUUGAACCUUCAGACACCAACCACAGACACGUGUUCGAUGGAUGGGAAAUACACUUUUAUGUGUUCAAUAACUAUGAACGACACAAUGCAAACACUUGAGUCUAACGGUAGUCAGAUUUUCAUGACUGCUCCUAUGUCCGAGAUAAGUAUUGAUUCUGAAGUGAACUACAAUGAAGGUGAAAAAAUGACAUUCAACUGUUCAAUGACAGGGGAUCCAAAUUACAGCACAGUUUAUGUAGAUAUGAUCAAGAACUCCCAGAUUCUUUAUACAAUUCCAGGACCAGUGUUUGGAGCCGAUUACAUUUCCAAUUGCUCUGCCGUCCUUAACUGGUCAGGCGGUCCCCCAACUCCAUUGACUUCACAAGAGCAUGACCUAAUUGUUCGAUGUGUUGUAAAAAACAACUUGCUAAAUGAAACUAGAAAUUCCGAAAAGAAGUUGAAUGUAUCCGCUGCUGAUGUUGCUUUCCAAAAAUAUUCAUAUCAGGCUUUGACGAGUUCCCGUCAAGAGAUAGAAUGUAUAGCUCGAAGUCCUAUGUCCAUCCUGCAAGAACUUAUAAUAUUAAAAGACGACGUCCAAAUUGCUACCUUAAACAGUUCUGGCGUAGCUUCUUCAACCGAUGGGAGGUAUUCUACCAAUAUACAAGAGUAUGAUGGAGAAGUGAGGCUUACACUUAGUAUACUCAGUGUCGAAUGUCAGGAUCAAGGACGGUACAGCUGCAAGUUAAACACAACGAAUAAUGCAACAAGAGUUUCUCCAGAAAUGUCAUUUAUAGUGGAAGGAUCUAAACCAGCAAUGAAAUUGCAUCCAGAUAUAUAUGAACCAUUUGCAAGACUAGGUUUAAACCAUGUAUGUUCUACAGAACACAUUGGAGAUGAAAACAAUGACAACUUUUUAGAAAUUCAGAUAUUUCAACCAGGAUCUCAAAGAGCUUUCACGUACUCGAAUAAAAUAGCAGAUGUGGAAAAAAUGUUUGACUCAACCAACAACAUUACUUAUAUAAACAUCACGGGAACAACUGCACAAUUUCUACUUGUGUCACAUACUAGCAGUUCUUCAAAUCUAUCUUGUAACAAUAAAGAAACAAUCACUUUCUUACUGGAUUUGAAAAUGGGUUUUGAUAAUGGUACCAUCAAAUGCGUUUUAAAAGAUGAAAUGGAAGAGUUUUCUGCCGUCGAGUCAACAAUAACGGUUAUUCCAGGGAAUUUUUGUGAUGGAUAUGAGGAUGGGGCUUAUAGAAAACAUCCCAACAAUGACUGUAAUGAUUAUGUAAAUUGUAAUAAAAUACAAGGAAAAAUGUAUGCAACAGGAAAUCGAUGUCCCUUAGGACAAUGCAUUCAGUUCACAACAAGGUAUUGCGUGCCUUGCGAUUCAACCUUUACAUGUGAUGAAUUGACAACGCCAGGACCUACUACAACGACCACAACACUGCGCCCAGGGAGAAGAUAUGUGUCCUGCAAUGACUCUGCUCAUUUCUUGGGAACAACGGCUGUGAUCAGAUGCGUUAUUUUGGAUAUUUCGUUUAACAGCUUAAAUAUAACCUUUCUUCCGGAGCAAAGCCAAACUGAGGAGAAUGUAGGAGAAAUAUUCCCAGAUGGACAAACACAAUCUCUACCUCAGUCUCCUGUAGUCCUUUCGACAAAUUUGAAUUUGUCCCCAAAGAUCUUAAUGUUCACCUUUCAGCUGCUGGAAUGUAGUUCUAGAGGGCUAUAUAGAAUAAUGGCAGGUGACACAAAUUCGUCUGUUGCGCCUUCUGUGGAGACAUUCGAACUUAAUGUCCUUGGUAAUCUGACUGAAUUUCUAAUACAUACUGAACCUGAAUAUCCAGAGGGUACUCUAGUUGAUUUUAACUGCACGGCUUCCCUUGAUGAGUCUCAUGCAAACAUCAAAGGGUAUUACAAAAAGGAAUCGGAAAGCAGCUUUUCUGAAAUAGAGGGAUCCACAAGUGUAAUUGAGAGAAACUUGUCACACUGUUUUGUUAAAGUUUUAUGGAAACCAUCAACUCCUUUCACUGCAGAUACAAGUUUCAAUAAUGCAGAUUUAAAGUGUACACUAGUUGAUUGGCCAUUAGUUCAAUCGACUAAAAAGAUUUCUGUACAAAAUGCAGAUGUAGCCUUUGAAACCUAUAAACUAGAGUCUUCCAUCGGGAGCCAGGUUUCUGUGAAAUGCUUCGCACGAAACACGAAUUCUAUCAAAUCAAUUCUUAUACGAAAAAUAGAAAAUUCCGUAAAUACCACGGUGGCAAAUGUUACUCUACCAGAUAUGACAUCUCAUGUUGAUGGAAUCAUAGUCAGCUACUCAAACAACUCCUUGACGUUAACGUUUUCUUCUCUAACCUGCUCUGAUGAUGGACAGUACACGUGCAUUGUCAUUAAAGAGGAUGACUCGCAGAUAGAAUCCCCUGCAUAUCUUCGUGUUCAAAUUAAGAACCCCCCGAAACACGAGCAAGUGGUAUUCAUCUUAAAUCCCGACAUCAAAGAGAAUAAAUACGACACUAGCAACGUUCACACAUGCAGUGGAGACGUAGGAUAUCCUAGCGGUCUGGGUUACUUAUCAUUAAAGUUUACAGACCCAACAACAAACGCUAGCUUCACCUACGACAAAUUGACAGUGACAGAGGACAUGAAGAUAGCUUUAGAUCUACCGCUAAAGUUUAAAGUUAGCCUUUCAAGUGGACUUAGCAUUAUAAUUGUUGAAGAUGAUGAGCCAGCCAUUAUCAAUUGCACUAGAAAGAAAGAAAUUAAGUUUUUGCUUCAAGCAACAAGAGACUGGAAUAAAGCAAAAAUUCGCUGUAGAGUCAUUAGUGAAACAAAUGAAGUUAAUUCUACCUCUCAUGAAAAAGAAAUAUAUGUUAUUCCAGAUUCUGUUUGUGAUGGUUCAAAUGGAUCUGACAUCUAUGUACCACACGAGAAAAUUGAUCAAUGUAGAACAUACAUAAGAUGCUUCAACAACAAACCAACGGGUCAAAUAUGUCAAACGGCGGAUUUGUGUUUUGAUCACCAGAAAAAUUAUUGUGAUUGGUGUAGAGACGUUGCCUGUGAAUCUGAAAUGAGUCUAACGACAGAAAGUCAAACAACAACAACAACAUCUUCUCUGCCUGCGGUUCCAGAUAUACAGUGUCCCCUUUUAUCGUGCAAACCAUCCUCAGUAUUUGAAAUGGAAACCGGCAAUAUUACCUGUGAGCUGAACACAUCAAUGUUGUAUGAAAAUAUCACUGUGAUAAAAAAUGGUUCAGCAAUCAUGACGGUGUAUCCAGAUGGGACCAAUCACUAUUUCUCGGAUGAAAUUGAGAAGUACGACAGCACAGUAGGAACGUCUUUCACAUUUGUUAUAAAAAACGUAUCUUGUUCGGACGAAAAUGAGUACACAUUUACUGUUGAGGUUGGUGAAGGAGGAAGCUGCUAUAAAACUGCCUCUUUGGAAAUGAAAGCAAAACCAGGAACACCAACACUUGCUAUAGACUACACGUGGACAGAGGGAACCAAUUUAGGAACCCAUUCAUGUACUGGGAGUAUUGGAAACCCUCCUGGAACAAUGACAUUAGAAAUACGAGAUAGAGAGACUGGGAAUUUUACAAGUUUUUCACCAUCUACUAAAUCAUUGACCACCAUGAAGAAAAAUUGUCAUAAUAAUGCAACAUUAACCUUUUCAAUUGAUUUCAACACCGAAAAUAUUCAAAGUCACUACAUCCGUUGCGUUGCCGAUAGCCAACACACUCUAUUGAUUUCUGAGUCUCCAUUCUAUUCGAGAGAAGUUUUUGUCAAUCCACUCCCAGCAAACGCUUGCUUUGAAAAUGGACUUCAUCCUUACCCAGGAGAUUGUACACAAUUUUUAAACUGUUUUAGUAAUAUCACACGUGUUUCACAGUGUCAACCAGGGUUGUGCUUUAAAACUUCUUACUGUGGUAGCAAUUGCACAGGUUGUAACACGUAGUUAAUUAAAUUUUAAAUAUAUUUUUGAUCAAAAGUAACAACUAAUAAAUAUGUUUUUAUGUCUGACGAGAUAUGGUUUAAUUCAGACACUAACAUUCUGAUAAAUGACAAAUGUUUGUUAUAUGAUGAAAGGAUGUGUGUUCCAAGACGUCAUACAGGCUUCUAACAUUCAAGGUUAAAUGUAAGGAAAAAAGAAUUUGAUUUGCAAAAUUCAAGCUCUAAAUUAACCAACAAAUGAAUAAUAUGUAAGAAUUUAUCAUAGGCACAUUUUAGUGUUCUAGAUAAAGAUAACUGUAUAGGUCUUUCCUUCAUAUACUUUUACUAUCUCCGAUCAUGUGACGACUGUGUUUCGUGUUUCGCAAAUUUAAGUGAUUGGUUGUCGAAUAAUUAUCAUACGUAUGGAUUUUUAACGUCGGCUGUACAAAGCUCUGUGAUCAAAUAUACUUGAGAUGUUAUAAAUUCAAUAGUACUCAUCAGAAAAUUUUAAAAUUCUACAAUCCAUUUAUAGAGAUCAUCAAUACAUAUAUGUAUGCAUUAAAACACAUGUAUAGAACUUGAAUCAAAAUAUAUAAUCGCCAUUGUACAUGUAUAUUAACCUAGAUCAACCAUUUAAGAUUAAGCACUGCAUAAGAUUGUUAGAUCAUUUAUUUACAAAUACAAAAAAUAGAUUUUUUUAACACUCGUGCAUAAUUGCUGCCCCAUUUAAUAGGCAUUUAUUCGAGUUUGUGAUUAUGUGGAAACAUAUGAUUCGAAAUACUUGAAACAAAAGAGACAAUAAAGUAUGGCUACUAGAUCUAUAUUUUUAGAAAAAUAUGAACAGCUUAUAUAAUUAUAGAAAUACAAAUUAUACAAAGUAAAAAUAUAAACAAAUGUAUGAUUUUUUUUUCAAUUUCUUUAUAAAAGAUAUUCAUUAUUUUUUUGAUGAUAAUGGAUAUACAAAUGUAGGUCAAUUUUAUUCGUUAUUUUGGCUUUAUGAUGUAAAACUAUAAUACAUGACUGUAACAUUUGUCAAUAUACAGUUUAACAAAUUGUGCUAUCGAGUGUUUGAAUUAGAAAACAAUGAAAGAUUUGUGCUCUGUUAUUAAUUAUUUUCUUGUUUUUAUACCAUCCGAUGUUGCAAAAUAAAAAAAAAAUAGAAAUCUA